CACAAUGUUGCGGUGUGUGUGGCGUGGCUCCGGGGCGGCAGGAGGCGGGGCAGGCGGCGGCCCAGCAGCGGCCAGGCCCGGCAGUAGCGGAGGCUGAGGGGCAGGCAGCCAGCCGCAGCCGCUCGGUGCAGCCGCGACCCCCUCCCUCCUCCUCGGCGUCGCCGUCCUCGUCGCCCUCCUCCGCCUCCUCCCUCUCGCGCGCUCUCCCUCCCCUGCCCAGAGCCAGCAGCCGGGAUCUCAGUAUUAUGGCAUCGAGGAGAAUGGAGACCAAACCCGUGAUAACGUGUCUGAAAACCCUCCUCAUCAUCUAUUCCUUCGUCUUCUGGAUAACUGGAGUUACCCUUCUUGCUGUUGGUGUCUGGGGGAAGCUGACUUUAGGCACAUAUAUUUCUCUUAUUGCUGAAAACUCCACAAAUGCCCCCUAUGUUCUCAUUGGCACUGGAACCACAAUUAUUGUUUUUGGCUUGUUUGGGUGCUUUGCCACUUGUCGUGGGAGCCCAUGGAUGCUGAAACUGUAUGCCAUGUUCUUGUCCUUGGUUUUCCUUGCUGAACUAGUGGCUGGUAUUUCAGGCUUUGUGUUUCGCCAUGAGAUCAAGGACACUUUCCUUAGGACAUACACUGAUGCCAUCGUGCAUUACGAUGGAAUCGAUGAGAAGAGCCAUGCAGUGGAUGAUGUACAACAGAGUCUGAGUUGCUGUGGUAUCCAGAGCUAUACCAACUGGAGCAUUAGCACUUAUUUUACCAAUCAUGGCAUCCCCCAAAGCUGUUGCAUGAAUUCCAGUGACUGUAAUAUCCAGGACCUGCAAAACAUGACGGCUGCUGCUACUAAAGUAAACCAAAAGGGCUGUUAUGAUUUGGUGACCAGUUUUAUGGAAACUAAUAUGGGCAUCAUAGCUGGAGUGGCUUUUGGAAUUGCAUUCUCACAGUUGAUUGGAAUGCUGCUGGCAUGCUGUCUGUCCCGAUUUAUUACUGCCAAUCAGUAUGAGAUGGUGUAACAAGGGGGUGUGAAAUACCGCUCCUGUUUUCAGUCAGGAAUUGGAAUAAAUAAUUCUUGGAAGACUUUUAAAGAAUGUUAGAGCACAUAUACAACUACACACACACACACAAUACCACCAACCACCACCUUCUAAACUCUGUACCAUGCGUAGUGUACCAUUCCGUGAAGUACUGUUGUGCCACAGAAAUAGCCUGAACCAUUCAGCAUCCAGUACUGUACACUCCACUUUGAAGGCUCUGCAUAUGAUGGCACUAUGUGUAUGUUCUUGGUCAGAUUGUAGUUGCAUUGUAAAGUUAACAGAAGUAUUUCAUUAACAGCGAUGAUUGGACUGUGCAUGUUGUGACUGGAGGGCAUAAUUAGCCUUUUGCCAUGGUUAAUAAACGUCACACACAUUCAUAUUAAACCUGUAUACAAAAAAUAUAUAUUAUUUUGAUUAUCAGACUUUCAAUUUGUAGGUUUUGUUUAACUACAAUGUUUUCCCCCCACUGUAACCAAACUUCCCCCUGCUUGAAAACAACUGCCCCCAAACAAGAAGAAAUGUAAAAUAAUGUGAAGAUACUUGAAAACAAAAAAAUUUAUGUCAGAAAUAUGCUUGAGGGAGAUUUGUUCAUUUGAUGUUCUGCUGCAUCUUUGAUUCUUAACCAAUAUUGUAUGCCUCGUGCGUUUACCAGUAGGCCUUUGUUUAGUGCAUUUUGCCUCUAAAUUGGAACCUGUGUCAUAUUGUUACUAAGCUGUGUUGUUUGCUUACUGUGAAGGUGGUAAUUUUGCUUCCUUUUUAUUAGAUAAUUAUGGAUUAAUCAAAUUAUGCUGUAAUGUGACAUUCUUCUCUUUUUUUUUCUUUCACUCUCCUUUUGCAUUGAAGUUGCCACAAAAAUACAUUGUCACAUCAAUCAAAAUUUCCAAAAAUAAAUAAAUAAAUAAAAGUGCGUAUAGAAUGUUUUGGGGGGUGGGGAGCAAAAGUUUAAGACCUUUAAAAUAACCAGGAAUUUUUAAUAAGGCCUCUGUCUAGCAUGCCAACAAGAAUGCAUUGAUAUUGUGAGUAUUUGUGAUAUACAUAUUAAUAAAUGGAACCAUUACUGAUUUCUACUGG